CAAUUUUGGAAUUCUCACAAAUCAGUCAUUUUUAUGUAAAUAGUUUUUAAUAGACGAUUAUUUAUGUCCUUCUCCCCUCGAUUAUCCCAUUUAGCCCAUCUAAUAUGCACCUCGUUGAGAUGAGGCCCAAAUAUCGAAUCCGCUAGCAAAAGGACCAUUAAGAAGCCAUAUACGUGGAAGCUCCAUUUCCAGUCCAGCUUCCAAAGUCGAAUUAAAACACUUUUCAGCCUUCACAGCUUGAGAACAAUACCUUCAAAAUCACCAAAUAUUUACCCAAAAUUAAGAGCAUUCUUGAAAAUUGAAAUUCCAACGUGAAAUUUGUCUCAGAUACAUUUUCUGUUCAAAAGUCGAGCAAUUUAGAGAUAAAAAGGGGCGGCGUAUGUCUAAUUCUUGAUCGGGAUGGGUCAAGCAUUACGUAGAGCAGCUGGAAGGGCCGGCGGCUCAAGAGUCGAAACGACGUCGCAGAUCGCAAAGCCCGUCGACCGGAGGCCGCCUCCGCAGCCGCCGACUCCGCCGCCGACGGUUGCUCCGGCUGACAAGAUUCCCUCUGAUGACCUUACUGCUGGCUUUGAAGAAGGACCGAAUGUUAAUCCUGAAAAUGUUCUCGAGAAUCGUGACGUGCAGUAUGAUGCUAUGCUUAGCCAAAUGGUGGGAAGAAUACAAACAAAGCCUGGAGGGAAGCUCGAGAUGGGAGAGGCUUCCGUCGUGGAGAAGUACAAGCGGCCUUUGCCGAAACUAAGGAACACGACACCAGAUUCUGGAAGAUACGAGGAGAGGCCUGCACCCCCAGGGACCCUAAAUGUGGCACAAAUUCGCCAAAUAAUCCUUUUGUAUCAAGGGAAAUCGGACGAGCACAAUGGCCCUAUGAAUGUCGAUCAAAUUGCCCAACGCUUUCGGAUUGAGGCUGCUCAGGUCCAAAGUAUCCUCCAGUUUGUAUCUCUGCCUCCAGAUGAUGAUGGAAAGAAGAAAAACGAUAAUCGCGAAUGAUCAUUGAUUUUGUGCUUUAAGUGUUUUUUGUUCCCUUUUCCCUUUUUCCACACAUGAGGAAUCGAAUAUAUGUAGCAAUGAUUAUUCCAGAAAUUGUACAAGGUGGAAUGGUGGUUGUGAGAUUUGUGUGAGAAAAACUUUGUAUGAUCCUCUUCAAUUUUACUUAGUUUUCCAUGUUUAGUUUUCUGAUUACUACAGCAGCCAAAACCCUGUAAAUGGGUCGGAUUGGGUGCGGGUUUUGGCAAACCCAAACCCGACCUGCAUAAAAUUUCCCUACCCA